UCAUUACUAUGGAGCACAAUACAGAUUUCAAGCGACGUCGUGAGAGAGGAACCAUUCCUGCAUCCAAAAUGGAUGUUUACGUUCCAGGUCGUGGUCUGUCACCAGCUCUGAUGGAAUCAUUGGAUUCAAUUUCCUCCAGUAUAGUUCCAGAGCCACAAAGUGUCUCCACUUUACCAGAUAUUACUGUCACAACUGAACAGUUCACAUCUUUAAGACUACAUUCAGUGUCUGAAAGUAAAAGCUUCUUACUUUUGGAUGCAAGUGAAUAUUUAAAGGUUCCAUCUGCAGAAAAGUUUGCUAGGUGUCUUGGUUGCCCAGAUGCCUCUUCAAAAGUCAAAGUGGUUGCCAUUGUGGGAAAUUCAGGCGAUGGAAAGUCAUAUACCAUGAACAAAGUAUUUUUCCAAGGAGAAGAAGUGUUUGAAACUUCUAGUGAACAGACAAGUUGUACAAUGGGAGUAUGGGCAGCAUUUGACCCUUGUCUAAAUGUCAUUGCCUUAGAUACAGAGGGACUCUUAGGAUCUACUACGCGUGAAGAUCAGCGCACACGGCUACUUCUCAAAAUAUUGGCUGUCUCUGAUGUUGUUAUCUUCCGCACAAGGGCUGAGCGCCUGCACACUGACAUGUUCAGGUUUUUAGGAUUCGCAUCUCAAGCAUUCACUCGUCACUUUCGAAAUGCUUUGGGUAGCGUCAGCUCAAGAGGUGGUUUUGGAGGAACUUUGUCUGUUCUUGGUCCUGCUGUUAUCAUCUUCCAUGAAACCAGGGACACUCAACCUCUGCGUGGCUCACAUUCAGAGACUGUUGAAGACAAGCUUCGUUCUUUCUUCUCUGAGCUCAACUUAAAAACUGAUGCAUUCAGUUCCAUUAGGUACAUUGGAACUCAAACCAAAGGCAUGGUCACCAAUUUUUCAGAACUGAGGGAUGUUAUUCGUGCUGAGCUAAAUAAUACAAGUGUGAGAUCAGCAAGGCAGACAGACAUCGUCUAUCAGGCUUUAAAGGUUCUGAAUGACAAAUUUAGUGGGGAACUGAUUGAUUCUCAGCCAUUGGUUUUCCUAGACGAAUACUUUACUUGUGCAUCCAAAUGUUUGUCUUGUGAUCGACGCUGUGAGGCAAGCAUGGGACAUCAGAAAGAUGGACAGCCACAUUUGUGCCAGGAGCGUUGCUGCUUCCAAGCACAAUUCAACAAUGUUUUGUACACAUGUAAAACAUGUCACACCAAAGGACAACAAGUAGUUGUCACUCCAAGUGAGCCUUCUUGGUUUGGUUAUGCAAAGCAUGCCUGGUCGGGGUACACCAUAAACUGUCCAUAUUGUGGAGAAAUAUAUAGAAGUAGACAGUAUUGGUAUGGUAACAGAAACCCUGAAGAUACUGUGGUGCGCACAGAAAUUACACAUGUUUGGCCAGGGAGCAACACACUAUUGAAUAAUUCUCAAAAUACAGCUCAGAAGGUUUUAGAUGGUGUCACAUUUUUAUCGGAAGCUGUUGCAAGUGUGGGCUCACAGCCAACCCGAUACUUGACAUCACAGUUGGCAGAUUGGAUUGCUCCAAAAUAUUGGCGACCAAAUCAUGAAAUUCUGAAUUGUUUCAAAUGUGAGAAAACAUUUGCGACUGCUGAAACAAAGCACCAUUGCCGCUCAUGUGGAGAGGGCUUCUGUGAUAAGUGUUCUUCAGCUACUUGUCCAGUACCUGAACGGGGAUGGACUGAGCCCGUUAGAGUCUGUAAUGCCUGUUAUAAACUCAAGAAAGGGACUGUGGUGCGACCUAACCCAGCUGAUGACGUUGAAGUAAGAGCCCGAAAGUACGGAGAAGUUGUUGUGAACACUUUUAGCCAAGUAGCGUCAGUCCUUCAAUAUCCCAAAGAAUUGAUCAAAGACUCCGCCAGACCUAGCUACUGGGUCCCUGACCAUGAAGCCAAGGAAUGUGCGGUGUGCAAAGAGCCCUUUGGCCCUCUGCUUCUGCUCCACCACUGUAGAGAGUGCGGUCAGGCUGUGUGCCACCCCUGCUCUCCAAAGCAAAGGCGCGUACCGCGUCGCGGCUGGGAGACUCCCGUCAGGGUUUGCAAUAACUGCAUGAAAGAAGACUGAUUCUUCUCUUCCAGCUUUCAUUCAUGUCUUUGCCCUGGUCUGCAUUUGUCAGGUGGCCUGAAGUCAUGGUAAUGUUGUCCUGCAUCACUUUUUGACAAAGGUCUGACAUGUAUCUUAUUUUUAUCUUAUUUACCUGUGUUACAUCUGGUCUAUAUCUUCAGCUGUGUUGCUGUUACUACAGUAGUAUGGUGAAUGGCUGUUUGGCCCCUUACUCUGCAUACGCAGAUUUUUUUUCAUUGGGGUCACUUAGAUUUGAUUGAUCACCCAGUAUUCUAUUUGUAUCCUUUACCUAAUCAACAUCCUUUUUACUUUUUAAAGUAAUUUAAUUGUUUUAUGGGUAGCUUUUGAAUGUAUGACAAUAGAACAAGAGCUGACUGCAAGAGGAGAAAUGUGUGACUCUGGCACUGUAGGGCUUGUCUUGUGACUCAGUGGAGCUAGUAUGUCUUGAAAUUAAUAAGCUUUCCAUUCUUUGGUUACAAAUAUUUGCUGGAUUUGUGCAGUAAAACUUUUUGUGGUAUUAUGAGGCUGUGAUUUGUUGAGGGAGAAAGAGCGUCAAGGGGAAGCUAGUUGGAAUGGAACAAUUUUUAUUAAUGUAGUUUAUUAUUUAAUGAACCCAAUUGUCACUAUAAUUAUGCUUUGAUGUAGGCACUAUAUGUUUUUGUUUGUUUUGUUUUAUUCGUUUCACUAAACAAUAAUAAUAAAAUUUGAAUGAGGGGUGGACUUUAGAGGACAUUGUGUUUCUUAUCAGGCAAGCUCUAGAGCUUAAAAUAGCAAUAAUACAUCUUAAAAGCUUGGUUUCACCCUCGUCCUGUGAAUGUACUUUAUUUGUACUAAACUAAUUUUGUACUGGAAAGGGUAGGAUUGAAAGACCAGAUCAUUUGUGUAGAUGACUUCAGUGGUUUUGUAUGUCGUACCCUAGUGAUUUGUUUGCUAUAGUGUGGAACAUGAAUGAUAAAAAAGAAAUGAAGAGAAAAGAAUUCUCUGCUGUACUUAUUUACUGUGAGACUUUCCUCUGAUUUUCAUGAACUAUUCACUAUCUGUUUGUAAUGGAAUGUGUCCAAAUUUAUUUGCAUUUUCAAUCAGCCUUAUUAUGAUCUUAUAGCUGCAAGCUGUUGGUUCCUUUAUAUUUAUUCCAGUCAAUCUGCUGACUUAUUAAAUAUUUUAAAACGCUCACCUUAAAGCACACCACUCCUAGGAAAAGAAGUAAGUGCUUGUUGGGUCUUGGGUCUGUCUGAAGAUUUCAAACUGCAGACCAUUGCUCUUGUGAUAGACUGUGAUUUACUUUUGAUUUUCUUUUUUCUACUAAAGGAGAAGUAUUGUCUGCCAUUUCCUUUAUGCCAAUAUAGUUUCCUUGUGGUCUGCUGUGACUUCAGUGUCUAUCUGUAAGUCAUUUUAACUUAACUUUGUUCUAAUAAAAUUUCUUUUUAUGAAAGUGUUGACCCAAAGAUAUUAUCUCAGUUUCCUGACUGAUAAAUAAUCUUGAAAGAGGUGUUGUAUUCAACUUGGUUCAAACCAGGUUCUUCUUUAUGAGUAAUUGCAAUAAUUUGGUCUGUGAAUUACUCAGUUGACAAAUUCCUACAAAAAAAAAAUUGAACCCCCUUAUCACGGUAAACUAAUUCUUUCAAACUUAAAACCCUUGAGCCUAGAGGGAUUCUUUGUAUUACUGAUGGUUGCUGUUUGUUAAUUGUGUUGUGAAUCUCUGAGCAUUAGGAAUCUUUUGUGGCUGUCUUAAAAUAGAUAAAUGGGAAAGUAGGGAUGAUUUCCUCCGAUUGCAAGUGUCAUUCAUCUUAAAGAAAUUGAAUGAAAUAUUUUAAUCAGCACUGUUAUUGUAAAGAUCUAAUAAUUUUAAAAGACAAUGGCAGUCAUUGAUAGUAUUUCAUUUUAAAUAUUCUUCAAUCUCAUUGGAGGUGCCUUUCAGUCGAAGUUGAAAGUACAGUAUGUGGGUUGUAGGUGGAGUUUUGCUGCUUUAUUGAUAAAUAAUUACGUAUCAAUUUGUUUAGUGGUAGAAAUAUCUGAGAUGUCACAAGAAGCUUCUUAUGACUGUUUAUUCUAUUUUGUUAACUUCGAUUGGUCAUUGUAGGUUCUCUUUUGUAUUAAUCAUAAUUAUUUUGUAAUUUGAAAUAAGUUGUAAUAACAUGGUGUUGAAUUUUAAAAUACCUGUGACUCCACCAAACCAGCAGUAAUAAUGAUAAAUAAAAAAUUGAGACAAAUCCUU